AUGACGGAAGAGGCUUCGUCCGAUGAGGCUGGAAAGCUGUCCCCAUGGGACAGAAUAGUCCUUGUCGGAUUAUUCCCUCUAUUUGGUAAUUAUCCUGGCCUCCACUGGCGCCAGAGGUUGGCAUUGACAUUUCUGCAAGCCCAGCGAGCCGCUUUCCCAAUCCGUCAUCUCCGGUGGCUCACGCGACGCGUCUCGACGGGGGAGGCAGUCGUGCGAUAUUGUUCGAAAAAUAAGAUUCCGCACAAGUCUGUUGUCAUCGACAGUCCCGCUGCCGCGUCUGGCAUUGAGGGUGUGCCUGCGGCAACCCUCCAUCUCCUCACUGUUCCGAUAGUUGAGGAGGACGUACCUGGCCGUACCUUCCUGUACUUCCACGGCGGUGGCUUCGUCAACCCUCUUCGCGACGUUGCCCACAUGCCUUUCAUCAUGCAAUGUGCUGAGGCAUGUCACGCCAGACAAGCUGUUAUCCUCGAGUACGCGCUCGCUCCAGAGCAUCCGUAUCCCGCGCAGCUAGUGCAGUGCGUCGCGACGCUGCAGUAUCUUCUCGGAGAGAUGAAGCUCCGUCCGGAAGAUAUUGUUCUUGCGGGGGACAGUGCGGGCGGGCAGUUGGUCGGGGCGCUGCUCGCGCAUUUGGCACAACCGUCGCCCUACGCCGCGGCCAUUACGGUUGACGGCCAGUUCCGAGCUGCGCUCUUCGUGAGCCCGUUUGUGAGGAUGCCCCCAGAUGAGGGGAGCUACGAGGCAAAUCACGGGAAAGAUUACCUAAACCGCCCCCAGGUGUGGGCGAAUCUGUGUGGCGUUGAGCAAGGCGCCGAUAUCUGGAAACUUGUGUUCGCCCGUGGCCGUGGCCGUGGCGAUCGGGGUUUGGUACUAAAAGCCAUGGUUACUGUCGGCACGUCUGAAGUAUUCUUGGAAUGCUGUCGCUCAUUUGCCAAGGAGCAUGUGGGAGCAGAGACAGUGUUUGUCGGUCGACAAACUGACUGCAGGGUGCUUGGGGGCAUGGACCGCGUGUUAGUGGAGUGCGAAGCCGAAGUCCAUGUCCAAGCAGCGUUGGACUGCGCUGUGGGAUACAACGAAGGGGCAAUGCAACGGGCCAUCGCAUCGUGGCUAGCAGGCCUGUAA